AUGCCUCGCGCACCCAAGUCCACACGAAGCACCCCCGGCCUUCCCUCCACGACUUUCGUCCUCGACAAUGGCGGUUACAGCAUAAAGGCAGGUUUCGCACCCUUAGGACCUGUUUCGGACGCGGACGCCCUGUCAAAAUGCCAUAUCAUUCCAAACUGCAUUGUCCGCAGCCGUGACAGGAAAGUUUACGUCGGUUCGCAAUCCGAAGAAAUCACACAAUGGAGCGAGGCCUUGUUUCGUCGGCCCGUCGAGAACGGCCAGGUCGUGAGCUGGGAGGCGCAGAAAGAGAUAUGGGAUCAGUCCUUCUUCGAUGAACGGAUUGCUAAGAAGGAUCUGUUGGUGAAGAGUCCCGAGGACACGACCCUCAUCUUCACCGAGCCACCUAAUACUAUGCCUCCUUUCCAGAAGAAUGCAGAUGAGAUUAUCAUGGAAGAGUGGGGUUUUGGGGGAUAUUCCAGGGUCAUUGGCCCGUCACUUAAUGCCUACAAUGAUCUUCACCCGCUAUUCGAAGGAGCAUCCUACACGAAGCCAGACAACGACCCUUGGGCAGACCUGCCUAUGGAAUGCGUGCUUGUGAUCGACAGCGGCUACAGCCAUACCACCAUCACACCGCUCUUCAAAGGCCGCCCAUUGCACCGAGCAGUCCGCCGAUUGGAUUUCGGAGGCAAGCACCUGACGAAUCUGUUAAAAGAAGUUAUCUCUGUUCGACAUUUUGAUUUGCAUCAAGACACCAAGAUCGUCAAUGACAUCAAGGAGGAUGUAUGUUUUGUCAGUGGAGAUUUCCGAACCGACCUGGAGAAGACGUGGAAGGGAAACAAAACGAAGCUGAAAUCAACGCCCUCGAAUCCGGACGCGGCUAUGGACGUCGACCACAAAGCUUCCCCGGAAAAUCAGGAGAUUCGAGUUGACUAUAUCCUCCCUGAUGGCAUUCAUCUUCUUCGAGGGUUCAGCCGUCCACAUGAUCCCACCCCCGCCGCCGCACGUAAGCGCAAACAGGCCGCCCUCUCCUCGGGGCCAGACGCCGAAAUCUCAAUGACCUUGGGAAAUGAACGCUUCUCUAUCCCAGAAAUCAUCUUCUCGCCUGGCGACAUAGGCUCGAAACAGCCCGGGUUAGCAGAUAUUGUGAUGCAAUCGCUCAGUGUCCUUCCCCCGCUCUUGCAGGUCACCAUGCUCAGCAACGUCCUCCUCGUCGGCGGAAAUGCGCAUAUUACUGGAUUUGCAGAGAGGCUAGAAGCCGAGCUACGCAUGAGGGUGAAGACUGAAUGGAUGGUUCGAGUUCGUAAAAUGGCGGAGCCUAUCACGUCAACUUGGCUGGGAGGCGCAAGGUUGGCGUGUGGAUUUCCGGGGAUUGUCCGGGAGUACGGUGUUACGCGAGAAGAGUAUCUGGAACAUGGGAGUGCCUGGGUCGCCAGACGUUUUGUGAGCGGCGGCAGUGGGAAAGGGCCUUGA